AUGUCGACAGAUCCGCGGCAAGUCUUACAAGAGCGAGUGGCUGCCAUUCUCGUGGACGCGGAAGAGCAGGGCAUUGAGCAACGCGAUAUACUCCCCUUGCAAGUGCAUGGUCACUUCCGAAAUCUUCUGCGAAUCGCAAAUAACCGCAUCUCCGCGCUCGAGGAUGAGGCUGAAGAGAUGAAGAAGAAGAAGGACCUAGGCCUAGAAGACAAGCUAAACCAAGCUCAACGGAAGCUUGAAACUAUGGAUAUUCCCGAAGAUUCAAAGCAGCUGCAGGUUCAGCUCGAUCUAACGAAGCAGUCUGCAGACUUCUACCGUGGCUUGAUGAACCAAGCUGAAGAGAGGGCCACCAUGUACCAAGAGAAGUGGCAAGAGAUUCUUCGGAAGCAGACCGCUGCUGAAGAAGCUGAUAAAAGGAUCGACCGUUUAGAGACGGAGAACCGCGAACUACAACAGUCGAAGACCAUGAUUUCCGAAGAGAUGCGCAAGAUGAAGGACCUUUACGGUAACCUUCGCAAGAAGGAUCUUGCCGCAAUCGAACAGAAGGAGGAACGGCUCAUGGCUUCAGAAAGGCAGCUCAAGGAGUUGACUAUCAAGCUCGAAGAACUCGAAAAGGAGAACUCUGCUGUAGAGGGUCAAUAUCAGGUCGUGAUGUCCUCGCUGGACGCGGUCGUCACUGAAACAACUAACGAUCUGAACACCACCAAAGAACACGCUCGUGCUGUCCAGCAGCAACAGAGCUCAACCUUCUCCGAGAUCCAGCCACUGCGCAAGUUUUACAGCCAUGCAAACGAUAUCCUCAGCAUCUACCAGGGGAUAUUCAAGCAAUUGCUCAACGACAUAGAGCCUGAUGUCACAUUCUCAUCUGACUUCUGUGAGAUGGUCACCGCUCGCCUGCAGGCCGCUUCCGGAGAGUGCGAAGCCUUUCUUACUGUACGAGCACUGCUUACGGAUGAAGGUGUAUCGGAGACUGAGCACUCGGAGCAACUGGACGAUCUUGCAAAGACUGCGCAACACAUGCACAAGAGCCUGGAACUUAUUGGCGAAGAUGUAGCACACUUCCUCUGGGCACUCCAACGUCGCCCCUAUCUUCGAAAGUUGAUCCGCAUGAAGUUCAGCGUAUUGCGCUAA